AACAGUGUGCGUGUAUUGGUGAGAGCCGUUCGCCUAUCCACCUUUCUCGUCAGUCGAUAUUUCGUGACAGUGAAAAAUUUGCAAGCGCUCCGUGAAAAGUUAAAAAUUGCUGCAAUUAGCUGCUCCAUCAGCGCUGAAUUUGUGAUAAUUACUUUAUUUAUACACGAGCUCUUCACGAGUUGUAGAUUUUAUGUGAAAGUUGUGUUGGUUUGUGCCGCACGGUACAAUAGAGCGUGCCAUCUGAACAAGCAAUAGACGGGCUACGGCGACGUCAGAAGAGCCGAAGGGGACCGAUUAAAAGCUGAAAAGUUAAGCGUGUGGCUCAAAGCUAAUUUUGUCCGGUUUACAACAGAUAGCUCCGUAGUACAACACAUUCACUGCCGAUAUGGGUCGCAAGAAGAAGAAGGCGUCAAAGCCGUGGUGCUGGUACUGCAACAGAGAAUUCGACGAUGAAAAGAUUCUGGUGCAACACCAGAAGGCGAAGCAUUUCAAAUGCCACAUUUGUCACAAAAAGCUUUACACGGGUCCCGGGCUCUCGAUACACUGUAUGCAGGUGCACAAGGAAUCGAUCGACAAGGUUCCCAAUUCGCUUCCCAACCGGUCGAACAUAGUGAUCGAGAUUUACGGCAUGGAGGGCAUACCUCCGGAGGAUAUCCGCGAUCACGAAAAGCAGAAGAACGGCAACCGGUCCGAGUCGGAAGAGGAGGAACCAGCGCACAAGAAAAUGAAACAACCGGAAGCCUCCGUACCGCAGGGAAUGAUGCAGAUACAGAACAUGAUGCCACCCCAUCUGCAGGCGGCGUACGGCAUCAAUCCUAUGAUGAGCGCGAUGGGAGGCAUGAACCCGUACAUGGUCCCGCCAGGGAUGCAAAUGAUGCCGACGAUGAUGGCCACCGCUCCCCGGCCGCUUUUUCCAGCGGCUGCUGCUGCAAGUGCCGCUACCGUACCCACCACCUCCAAGCCGACCUUCCCGGCGUACAGUUCCGCCACGAUAAGUGCCCCGCCAACAACAAACAGUGCUAUCUCAGCUGCGGCAGCCAGCAAUAACAGCAAUAACGGACUGGGUGGUGGCGACGCUUCCAAGGGCGGAUCCGCCACGGUGCUACCGAACUCGGGCACCGCCACCUCCAAGAUUAUACACCCGCCGGAGGAUCUGAGCUUGGAAGAGAUCCGUGCACGGAUGCCUCAGUAUCAGAAGCAAAUACAGCAAGCCACCCAACAAAUGUUGCAGCAAAAGCAGCAGGAAAAGCAACAGGCGCAGGUGGCGGCUGCAGUGGCGGCAGCUCAACAACAGCUACAGGCACAGGCUCAAGCUCAGGCACAACUAAAACAACACCAGCAGCACCAACAGCAGCAACACCAGCAGCAACAGCAACAACAACAACAGCAACAGCAGCAGCAGCAGCAGCAACAGCAGCAACAGCAGCAACAGCAAGCACAGCUUCAGCAGCUGUCGCCGUUUUCAUCUGCCGCAGGAACCGCCUCGAUCGUUUCCAACACGCAAACGACCGCCGUUAUGAAAGACAAUCGGAUGAUGUCGCCGCAGGAGCAAGCUGCUGUGAUAGCGCAUGCUCAUGCCGCCGCGGCCAACCACCACAAACAGAUCGAGGAGUUGAAUCGUGCAGCAAUGAUUCAACGAUUUCAGGCAGCAAACGCGGCUGCGGCGAAUGCUGCUGCAGCUGCUGCCAGCAGACCUGGAAUGCCAAUCGGAAUGGUUCCAGUAUCGCUCGGAGGUCCCGUCCCGCUAAUGCCACCAAUGAUGCGCCAAGGACUGGCGCUAGGCCCCCCGGGAAGUGGUAACUUGGCGCUCUUAGGUGGCAACAUGCUUCGUCCUGGUCCCCCCCAAAUGGGUCUUGGUCCAGUGCAAUGACGUCUCACAAAUUCGAGUUCAACGCACUCGAGACUUGCUCGUGCGCAAACUGUGUCCGCCCAAGGUGGAUUAAUUACACAGCUUCCGACCGUGCCGGGCAUGGGUGUAGUUUUUCCCGGAGCACCGAUGCUACCGAUGAUGCCGCCACGAUACCGGUGAUUGACUCAACCAGCGCUGCUAGCCCACGUUUCAGUUCCGCCACAGCGUCCGCUAAUGACGGCGGUAACAUACGGCUGCUUUACCACCAUUACUGCACCGGCUUCCAUUAUCGAUAAUCUAUCCGUAAGGUGUGAGUGAUCACGAUCAAGCCUGCUGCUUCAUCCAUGUGGCGCCAUAAUGUUGGCGGAUCAGAAGCUUAAUGCAACAACUUACCACAUAAUUUUACACUUGAUAAUGGUUUGGAGUAAUCGGAAAACCCGUGUAUGAUAUGGAGGAACAUGAACCAUGUUGGUUGUGACAGUGACCAGGUCUUCAGCAACAAGUAAAUUAGCAGCGGUAUGUGGUUUUUAAUUCAUUUUUAUAGCUAUACAUUGUAUAAAGGCAAGGAUCACACACACACAUUGUUCCGUGUGUGAACAACUUUUAAGGCAAUAAUUCUAUAGUAAUCCUUCAAUAUCCAAACCGGAAAGGUAAGGUGCAGUUGCAGUUGUGUAGAAAUGUAGGCAAACCCCAAAAAUGGAGAAAAGGAUACGGGACAACGACAUGUACGGCAACUGGCUGCAAUGCUCAAUCAUGUGAUGUUUACAUUGAAGAACACACUUAAUACACACCAAAGUAGAGCACCUAAUAACACCGACAGCUUAGGGCCAAGGGCAGAGCAAGUUGUGAGCUGAGACACGUACUUUUCUUUUUGGCAUGGCAUUGUCAAGGAACAUAAUGUUUCAUUUAGCUGUGUAAAUGUACUCGUUAUCGUAACAAAAAAAAAAACAAAACAAACAAAAAAAAAACGCAGAAAACAGCAGAUAAGCAAAUCUUACACAGCAUGCAUCAUGCAGAAUUGUUUGGUUGCGGUGACAUAGACAUAGCAGGAUAUGCUUUUCCAGUGUUUGGGAUAAUCGUUCCGUUCCGUGUGUAGCCGAUGUCGGUCGUACUGUCCUUUUAAUGAAUUAAUUUUUAUUAAUGGUAUUUGAAUCGUACCAGCAAUCCCGACCAUAUUACUAGUACAUAAUACUACAUCGUAGGGGAAGUACAAUGCCAUGGCAGCUGAUUCGCAGCAUUCGUAUAGCGGUAAUUAGCAUCAUCGUUUGUUAUUGUUGGUGUAGAAUUAAAUUUUGGUAUUCAAACUAACCCUAACCCUACCAGCCUUUUGCACACCCAAGGACGAUUUAAAAAGAAAAAGAAAACUACUAACCAACUCCCGUCGGCUUUAUAUAUGUACCCAAGACACCCAAGCUACCGACACCGAUAUAUAAUACUUAGCUGCAUUGAAUCAGGACUAGAAUAGAUUUGUGGUAGUGCGCUUAGAAUUCACUCUAGCAAUAACGUUGCCUGUAGUGCCUGAUAAUAUGGGGGCAUGGUGUUGCUACCCACAUCCCUACAUCCUAAUACGUUCAAAAUGGUGGUGAAAAGGUACACUUAAACUAACAACAACGGUUUUAUUGAAUUCUUGCUGGUGGAAGAACCAUCAUGAUUAUCGUCGACACGCGAUGGAUUAAGUUGCAUUCGUUUCGUAUUCCUAUCGAUUGGUUUAGUUUUGAUUUUAUGUGCGAUUCGGCAAUGGCACUUUUUUUUUAUUUGUGAUUCGGUAGAACUUUGUCUGGAUAGUGUUAUUCUUGGAUGUACAUUACGUUGUGAUUUGUAGUACGGUCGAUCGAAACCUUAUUAUGGCUUAUUUAUUUUGUGCGCUUCUGGUUUCUUGCCCCACAUCCUUUCCCUUCUUUUAUGUUUUUUUUUUUGUUUGGAUAACGAGUCAUUAAUUUCAUCUCAUCUACCUUUGUUUGGACUACCUUCAUCCAUACAGCAAUGGCUAAGCCACAGUGAAGUAUGAGAACUGCCACAAAGCAAAACAACUGCGAGCAUUGCGAUACUGAUACUGAUGUGGAUUAUAACACGUUUAGUCCUCCCAGGUUUACUUCCAUAUUUACAGUACCAUGCGUCCAUCACGGUGCAGUACCAUCAUUUCACGGCCGGCAGACCGAUCUGGAGCCGUAAAAAGCCGUACGUACAACCGAAUCAGGGAAGGGGAGCGAGAGAGGGAGAUAGAGAGAGUGUGUGUGUGUCGUAUGUUAGUAACUAGCAAAACAGUUUCGGUGGGUCGGUGGGUUCCUUUCGGCCUGGUUAUCCUGUUUAGUUGAAGCUUUACUAUGUUUACUUUUUGUGCUCCUAUUCCUGUCUGUAUGUUAUUCUGUAACCCCAUUAAAACCCCCCCCAAAAAAAAACCAACCUUACCGUGAUCGUGCAGGUGAUUGUCUUAAGAGUGAUGUGUGUCCCAAAAGGCGACGGUCGUCUACUCUUAGCAAUCACAAAGUUGAUGUUGGAUGGGCACUGUUCCGUUCCCACCCUUUGAACGGUAGGCUGCCUGUGCGCCCGCCAGUCUCAUCAAGGGUCGGCGACAUUGGUCGGAGCUUCCCUUAUAAGUAUCUUCUAACGAAAUCUGACCGUUUGUCACAUCAAUUUUGUUGAGUGGAAAGUCCCUUGCCGUGUGCGAUACUCGUCAGCAUCGCGAGGCAGGCGAAAUUGUCAUUCCAAUUUCACAGUUCCUCUUAUAUCCUGUUUACCUAGCAUUAAAUACAGUAUUUUGGUGGGAGUACAAGGAAUGGUGGGCAGGUGGUGUGAUACGUUUGGUUGUUGUAAGGGUGUAAGGUGUGGUGUAUUGUUUUCCGUUCCGAUGAUGCUAGUUAAACCUCUAUAGUCUAAAGCUUCUUUCAAUCACUAGAUGUGCGCUCUGGCAAUGCAGGAUGAUUAAUGGAUGAGUUACUUCUGAACACACUGAAAUGUUUUCACCCUGUAUGCAAUAGCUGUAAUAGUGCUGGUAACAUUUGUUCGUUGAUUGAGAUUUUAAUUUUUCGCUUCUCUAUCGUUCCAUAAGCCAUCCUCCAUUGCUCUGUUCUCGCCCUGUCUGCGUCAUUUGUCAGGCGUUUAUGGACACUUAACCUGUUGAAUUGUUUCAUACAAAUAAUGUAGUACUGUUGGCAGAACCUGCAACCUGAUUUCUUUCGGUUUAAUACACUCAAAUACCUGCAUCUUGUGGAACUGUUGGACUUUCCAUCCCCUGUUCGUGAUCGGCAAUUGGAGAUUACAAUCCUAGAUUUGCAACAUACAACGGUUUUUUGUUGUUAUCCUUUAUAGAGGGGGGUUUGAGCUGUAGUCUAUAUCGAUCUAUAUGUCUAACACUCUUCCUUUCUCUCUUUUCUCUCUCUCUCUCUCUCUCUCCUUUCUCCAUCCAUCCAUAUCUCGUGUGUGUUUCUCUUUAUCUGUUAUCCUUUUCUCUUUUUUCUAUUUCCUUUCUCAGUGGGUAAUAAGUGACAGUUGGUACGGUUUUUUUUUUGUAAAAGCAAGUUUUGUGCGGUGUGUUAAAGCACCAUCGGGCUUAUCGAUAAACUUUCAAACGCAGUCGUGUAAGCAUACUCUUUUUCUUAUUAGUUUUACCUACAAUCUUCAUCGGUAUACAUGUUUUUAGCUGUUGGUAAUCUUUUGGUUUAUCUUUCGUUUCGGGUGAUCGUGUCUGUUUGUGUGUGGUGGUCAUAUUUGGUAUUUGGGUUUGUUUUGUUUUGUGGCUUUGAUAUGCUUAACGAAGAAAACCCGGGAAGCGUGUAGAAUGGGUCACACGGUGUAGGAAGGAAUGCUCAUUGCAACUUUAUUUGGCAUUUUUAGUUUUUCUGGUGCAAAAGUAUGAGUUUGCUAUGAACUUGUUGCGCAUCCCCAAUUUUUACCACUAGGACAUCAUCCAAUACACACCAUCCGGUCUGUGUUCCAUGCUUGAUUAACAACUCCAGUUCAGUUUGUUUAGUUUCGCCACCUAACACAAGACAGUGUUGUUUCCUCCCCUUCGUUUUUCGUUUUUCCCCUGGAUUGGAAUGGUUGUUACGAGCUUGAGAAGCAUCAGCAUUGAGUAUUUUAUUUCACCUAUCAGACUGUGGGCUGUAAUGUUUCGGUUGUAUUUUCUCAAUGCUUUACCUGUACAAAGCUAUCAUUAGUUGUGUAAUGUUAGUGAACAAAUGCAAUGAUGAUAAGCGGAAAGUAAGCUCGUAAGAUUCAUUAUGAUACGCGUUAACAAUAUGCACUCAGCAUUCGGCUAUGGGUCAAUGUUUUUUUGUGUGUGUGUGCAGUACGUAAUGUAUAGCUUAAACAACAUCUCUAACCGUAGCACUUACCUGAACCAGGUGCCCGUUUCUGACGCACGCAUCUCACUACAACUACAACACACUCACAUCGGGAGUUUUGCAUUAUGUUUUCGAUGGUUUUUUGCGCGCGGGGGGAAAACUAGCCACAAUAUCCUUCUCCGUGACAGAAUGUUGGUGAAUGGUUGGUGAAAAAGCAAUGUAACUUAGUGCUGACAGUGGGGGAGAGCGUACAGUACACGAGUGUUAUCGUAGAACCAUAACUCACUGAUAGAACGAUUGAACGAUAAGCAACAAAUACUAGUGUGAGAAGCAAUUUACGGACGUAAGUUUUUAGUGUGUAUAUUUAUCAUUUUUUCGAUUGCAAUCGCCGUCUGCAUGUAGGUUGUAUA